CUUAGAUAUGUUUAGCUACUUUGGAAAAAAUAUUUUAAACUAAAAUUACUUAAUCGAAAAUAUAUCUGUGAUUCUUUUUUUCCUGCAGUUUUCCAUGUCCAAUGCGCAAGACGAUGGCCAUCUUUUGGUGUGUUUAGUUGAAAUCGUCUGCGACUGUGCGUUCAACUGCGGAGUUUUUAUUUGUUUUUUAUAUUAUUUGUGGUGGUUAAAUAAUUAUUAAUAACUUUGUUGUUCCCAUGCGGUUUUCGGUAGUUCGAACACGAUGUCCAAAGCCAUCAAAUGACUGAGAUUUGGAUUUUAUAGAACGCCUUUUGAUUUGGGACGUCAACGACUCGUGGUUGAAUUAUAUUUGUUUUUCAAAUCACAAUUUUUGUCAGGAUGCUCAAUUUAAUUGUUGGGAUUUUAUACCUGGUAAGUGGACGCACGGCGCGCGCCAACGAGGGUGCCACAGGUAGCCGCUUCGUCUGCAACGCAAUCCCCCCGGGAGCGGAACCAGGUUGCGGAUACGGCCCCACGGGGAACCGCGUUCAAAGCACGAGCCAGGUGGAGGACGAGUUGCGGAACACUAUCAUCCAGCUCCGUGAGACCAUACUGCUACAGAAGGAGACGAUCGUCAGCCAGCAGGGCACAAUCAAGGAGCUCAACUCCAAGCUUGCGCGCUGCGAAUCGUCCGCGGACGACACGUCACAGAGCAGAGCUCGGGGUCAGGGCUCCAGACGUAAGGAGUACGGCAAGAACACGAUGGGGGACCUGCCCCGCGACCCCAGCGAGACCAUAGACCAGUUGGGCAAGACCAUGCAGAGUCUCAAGGGUCGACUGGAGAGCUUGGAGCAGCAACAGCAGCAGCUGCGUCUCCCUGGCAGCAACCUGUCAUUGACCAGCGGUGGAGGUGGCGGGGGUCCAGUGGCAUCCCUGCCCCCCCUGGCCCCCCUGCCCACAGAGCUGCGAGAGGUGCUCCGCCAGCGGCUGGAGGUGUUAGAAGGCCAGCUGCUGAGAAAAGUGUCUGAGCUGGAGGAGGAGAAGAGUCAGCUCCUGAACGAGACGGCCGGCCACCGCCAGCGCACAGAGAGCAUGCUCAGCUCUCUGCUGGAGCGCAUCACCGAGCUGGAGAGAACCAACAACGCUUUCAAGUCGCCGGAGGACUUCAAGGUGUCCCUGUCAGUGCGCACCAACUACCUGUUCGGCCGCAUCAAAAAGAGCCUGCCAGAGAUGUACGCCUUCACCGUGUGCAUGUGGCUGAAGUCCAGCGCCAGCCCAGGUAUCGGCACCCCAUUCUCCUACGGCGUGCCGGGCCAGGCCAAUGAGAUUGUGCUCAUUGAGUGGGGGAACAACCCCAUUGAGCUGCUGGUGAACGAUAAGGUGGCCCAGCUGCCUCUGUCUGUAAGCGAUGGCCGCUGGCAUCACAUCUGCAUCACCUGGACAACCAGGGAUGGCUUCUGGGAAGCCUACCAGGAUGGAGAGCGGCUGGGCACAGGGGACAACCUGGCCCCCUGGCACCCAAUUAAGCCUGGAGGAGUCAUCAUCCUGGGCCAGGAGCAGGACAUUGUGGGCGGUCGCUUCGAUGCCACCCAGGCGUUCGUGGGCGAGAUGAGUCAGUUCAACAUGUGGGACCGGGUGCUGCGCCCCGGGGACAUCAUCGGCAUGGCCAAUUGCUCGGCCUACAUGCCCGGCAACGUCAUCCCCUGGGUGGACACCAAUGUUGAAGUGAUGGGCGGUGCCACCAAAGCACCCCUUGAGAUCUGCGAGGAGCGUGCAUUCGAUUCCUAA